AUUCUCUAUUCACCCAUUCAAAGUCCUCUUCCUUAAGACAUACGGGAUCAUGCCCGGGUAGCUGGCCCCAAAUGGUCACCGUAUGUUGAGCAGUUUUGUCAAUGUCUAUCGGUUCCUUCGUAUCCCUCUCUCCCUCCGUCUCUUCGAUCAUAUGUUCGAUGUCCAGCCCGAGUCCAAGGAAACACUUGGAUUCGUGGUUGUGUCUUCUCACCAAGGCCGGGCAUUUCUCUGUGGCCUUCCUCCUAACAAGAAGUGGAAAGACAAAUAUGUGUCUAUCAAAUUUCCCCCGGCUGCCUUCCCUUUUGCCCAAAAUGUCUGGGGGAAGAAAAUGAAACGCCAGGUCAAACCCGUGGAGACCGACGACCUGGUAGCUUGGGAAGCCACCCUCCGGGCCGGGGACGCCUCCACCCGCAACCUUUACAAUGUUGGGAAGUGGAGCAUCUAUCCCGGCCAGGAGACUAAUCCUGAGCCAGAGAUUGUCCUGACCGGGGCGAUCCCCGACGCCAUCCCCAUUUGCCGGGUGCGAGGGUCCAAAGCCCCGACCACCGCCACCGCCGGUCCUUCACGCCUGGGGAAGAAGAAGAAGGAGAAAGUGGUGAAGUUCCAAUCCAAGUUCGCCACUCCCAAGAUUGUCACUGAGGAGCCCCCAUCUACCCAGCCCCUCAGCCACCCAUCCAGCCAACCAUUCUCGCUGGAAGAGCAUCCGGCCCAAUCUCACCAAGGGACCAGCCAACCCAUCCACUUCGGGGAAAUCUACAUAAAUGUAGAUACCCUGGAGUUCGCUAAUAUGCUGGCGGAAACCGGCCAUACCUUAGAGGCCGGUCAAGGUGGCCAGCAAAUUGAGGGGGGCGGGAUGAGGAAGAGGCUACUGAAGAGUCUCUUCAAAGGAAAAGACGAAGGGCUGAGGUCGUUAACCAGUCGGCCAAGUGCGUGGCCCAGUCCUCCGAUGCCGGCCAGGCACCCGGCGAGCCCCGACCAUUCGCUCUGAUGGUCCGAUCUCAUGAAGAGCUCUUCCAAGCCUUCCAAUCAGAUCUGCAAGAGGUAAAUCCCGUGCUCUUUUUGUCUAUA